AAAUCCGUGGAAAAAUUUUCCACAAUUAUCAUUACGCUCAUCUGUAUUAUGUGCUUUCAUUGUAAUUAUCCAUAUAAAGACUCUUCCUUUAGACCUAGCAGCUGCAUACAGGGAGCUAUUAAAUAUGCACAUGACAACAUAAUAUAGCAUAGUUCUGCAUUAGGACAUUCAGUAAGGGAAAGGGUCGAAUGGAGGGUGAUAGAAAGAAGAUGAAAAUGGAAGAGAAAGAAGAAGAUAAGAUGGAGAAGAUGUAUGCUUUUCUUAAACAUGCCAGAGAAAUGCGAAAAUACCUCGUGAGCUCCACGGAGAGAGAGGAGAAGAGGGUACACGGCGAAGGAGCUUUGCCUCACAAGAAUCCGUCGUUUCAGCUAGAGGUUUUAUCGGAGAACGCAGAGCUGAACAACACUGAAAAAGCCAUCAAUGCAAGCCCUCCGACAUCCAAGAAGGACGUCUCUCAGAAAAAGAGAGAUGGAUCUGAAGGUAGCAGCAGCGAUUUGGACUUAAAUCUGUCUCUGUAGUUUCUUUCCACAACCAAAGGUUUGUUUCAUCCUGUACAAGAAGCAGAGCAUGUUAGUAACUGAGAAAAAAAUAUAUAGAUGUUGCCAUUAUAUACAA